GACAUUGGGGUGUCGAGAAGAGCAGAGAAGCGCCCAUCAUCAUCCAGCUGAAACCAUCGGUCGAUCGCUCGCCGGACACGCACGCGCACGUCGGAGGUGGUUGAUCGAUAGAUAGAUAGGUGAUGGAGAACGACAGGAACAACCAGGCUCCGCCACCACCCCCAGGUUACUACCCGUCGGCGGCUGCGGAGCAACGUCAAGCCGGUGGUGGCGGGAAGAAGUCACGCCGGGGGAGCACCAAAUCCAGGGGCGAGAAGGGAUUCGAAGGAUGCCUGGCGGCACUCUGCUGCUGCUGGAUCUGCGAGAUGUGCCGCGACUAACCGGCCGGCGAGGUCACUGCCGGCAAAAGACGUUGGUGCUAGUGCCUAUGAAGAACAUACACAUACAGAGAGUCGCUGCGUAAUUACAGUGUUUGUUCGUUUGUUGUUUUAGGUUCUGCGGAAGUAACCCUUGUGUUCGUGUGUGAUGUCCAUGUAGGCAUGUACCGUGCGUCACAACUAUAAUCAAUUUUAAGGCGCCAAAUUAUUGGGCUACUGUUGAGGAUCCUCUAUUGAGGAUCCUCUAAGAGCAUCUCCAACAGGUGCUCAAAAAGAGCUCCGCGUAUUAAAAAUUUAUUUAUUUUGGCGCCGAACAGCUCCAGCAGAUGCUGUAGCGCUAAAAGAUUUAGGGCGCGCACUGAAAAAUGCUAUCGCGUGCGACAUAUUUUGGACUCCGGAUUACGCGUGCUUCACAAUUUGCACCGUCUGCUUUUUGGGCGCGUGUUUUUGGACAUCUGCUAAAACAAUGUUGUUCCGGGCGCAUUAAAAGUGCUACAGUGGCGCGCUAAAACUUUUAUUGGACGCGAAAUUUUUAUGCGGCCGUUGAAGAUGCUCUAAUUAAAGAUAACACCUGCUGUGCAAAAUGAAGGCUUUUAUUUGCCGAGUGAGAAGUCGUGAAGGCGUAAUAUAAUCAGUAGUCACUUGUGCAGAGGUAGUAGUAGUAGUGGGAUCGAGGGUUUUUUGUUUUUGUUUUUGAGAAAUAUAGUGGUAUCAAGUCAGGUUCAUCUCUAAUUGCUCGGUAAUCGAGUUGUGCACAUCAUAAAGAUACAGAUAAAAUAGGGUUAUCCUCUAAAAAAGGAAAACGUUUGGAUUCAUCCGGAUGAUUUCUUCCUUCCGUAAACCGUGUUCUGUGCACCCGACGUGUCCUCGCCCACCGAUCCAUCCCGGCCUUAUCUACUCGCAAUCUCUUUUCUCCACACGUUCUCUCCUUUUCCCCUAUCAUCCUCAUUUGUUGCAGCAGAGAAGAGCCAUUGACCCCAUGGCAAGCACCACCAACCACCACAGCUGGAACCGAAAGGGGCCGCCUCCGACGGCUACAUGAUGCUACUCUGCCCCAACACCAUCCCUGUUGCAAACAUUGGGUGCAGCAGCCACCCUCCUGAUGCAUUCACGCCAUGGCCAGUAGUCGCCAUUGACACAAGCAGGCCAGAAUCUGACACCGGCAACACAAACGACAAGGUCGUAGCAAGGGCGGGGGAGGGCGACUCUGGCCAGCACCACUGUAAGGUUCCCGCUCGCCACUGUCACUCCACGCUUCAAUCCAUGUUUCUUGCACCAGCACCAUUGCUGCGACGUGCCAUCUCCCUCAACUCCGGUCGUCGUCACACGGCGGUGCAGCGUUGUAACGCAACCGGUGCUACCAGAGGAGGAGGCUGCGGUGAGCACAUCUGAUGCUGCUGCUUAUUGCAACAUCACCACAACAACUGUCAGGGUAGUCAUGCGGCUAAUCGGAACGUGUGU